AUGGUACAGCCUCUUGGCUUGUUUAGAAACUUAACAAAAUUAGAGAAAUUAGCUCACAGUCACAAUCACCUGCAAGAAGUACCCAAAGGUCUCUCACCUAGUAUAACCUCAUUAGAGCUGAAUGCCAACAAAAUAGUUUCUAUUAAGAACAACACCUUCUCAGAACUCAAAAAGUUGAAGGAACUCUACAUGGAUCGGAACUGGUACUAUAGCAAUCCCUGUGGAAAAACUUUUGAAAUACAGGAUCAGGCUUUUGUGGCCCUCACCAAUUUGACUGUGCUGUCACUUUCCUACAACAACCUGACCCGAGUGCCCCUCAAUUUGCCCUCAUCUCUAAGGGAACUUUAUCUUGGCUUUAACAAGAUAACAAGAAUCAGCCAGGGUGAUUUUAAUGAACUGGUUAAUUUGCACCUUCUUGACCUAAGCAGGAACUGUCCAAGAUGUUAUAAUGCCCCCUUUCCAUGUGAACCCUGCACUAUAUACUCUUCCAUUCAAAUACACCAAUUUGCUUUCCAAAAUCUUAACAAAUUAAAGACUUUGGUUCUCACCAGCACCUCACUUACAAGUGUACCAGCCAUCUGGUUUCAGAACAUGACACAGCGAAAGGUGCUACACCUGGCAUUUAACUAUUUACAAAAUGAAAUAGCUUCUGGCAAAUUCUUACGGGAGUUGACUUCUUUAGAGGAACGUGACUUAUCUUUCAACUUUGAGGAAAAAGUAUACUUACGGUAUCUAAACCUCUCACAACAUUUUUCUUCUCUAGUCUCUUUAAAACGAUUAUAUCUUAAAGGUUAUGUUUUCCAAGACCUUUGUGAAAAGCACUUAAAACCUCUCAUUGCUCUAAAAAAGCUAAAUAUCCUUGAUCUUGGGAUAAAUUUUAUUAAACGAAUUGAGCUUGCUGUAUUCCAGAAUUUUAGUAACCUCACAGAAAUCUACUUAACAGAUAACAGACUAUCACCUUUUGUAGAGGACAAUAAUUGUCUUUUAGAACUGGUUGGAAAAAAGGCAUUCCCAACAUAUUGCCAUCUAAUUCUGGAACGAGAAGGCCAGUCGAGCCAUUCAGUAACACAAAAGUACAAAAAAAUAGACCAUUUCUUGUAUUAUAUUCUUAGACCCCAGUGUUCUUCAUAUGGCGAAGCAUUGGAUCUGAGCUCAAACAGCCUCAUCUUCAUUAAUCCAAAUCAAUUUAAAAGUUUUAAUGAUAUAGCCUGCUUGAAUUUGUCUUCAAAUGAUAUUAACCAAGCUUUCAAUGGCACUGAAUUCAAUCUAACCAAACUCAAAUAUUUAGAUCUAUCAAAUAAUAUUGAUUUGGCUUAUGGUUUUGCAUUUAAUGAAAUGAAACUUCUCGAAGUGUUAGACCUGACCCAUAACAAGCAUUAUUUUCGCCUGGCAGGAGUCACACUUAGACUGGCAUUUAUUGAAAGACUUCCUCAGCUAAAGGUUUUAAACUUAAGUUGGAAUGCUGUUUCCACACUGACAGACAGACAGUUAAGCAGCAAUUCCCUUCAGGAAUUAGUGUUUAAAGGAAACUGCCUUGAUAUUUUAUGGGGUGACAAACAUGAAAGAUACAUACAUUUUUUAAAGAAUCUCAGUAGUCUAACAUACCUUGAUAUAUCCCACAAUAGACUUUUAAAAAUCCCUAGUGAAGCAUUCCUGAGCCUGCCACUGAACCUAACACAGCUAUUCCUAAACAACAACAGACUGCAAGUGUUUAUCUUUGCAAACCUCACCAGACUGAAAUAUUUGAAGCUGCUUGACCUGAGUCAAAAUAAUUUCAGAACUGUUCAUAUUUCAUUCAAACAGUCCCUGCAGUCUCUGCUGUUGAGGGGUAACAGGAUUUCAGAGAUUGCUGUGGACUUUUCAGAUACAAAUGGCAGCCUUCUGUUCUCUGAUCUGAGUCACAACAAGCUAAAAUAUAUGAACCAGUCAACACUGGUUCAAAUACAAGGUGUAAAAUAUUUAAAGUUAAAAGGCAACCCUUUUGCCUGCACUUGCCAAAAUAGUGACUUCAUAAAACGGAUACAGUCAAGUAAUAUUUAUAUACCACAGCUAGCAACAAAAGUCAACUGUGCAAUCCCUGAUAAGCACAGAAAAAAGAGCGUUGUCUCUGCUGGUCUGCAUGCCUGUACUUCGGAGGAAGAUGCUGCAACAUUAUUUUAUAUUUCAUUCUUUGUUGUUAUUAACAUUAUGUUGAUAGCUGUUACAAAACAUUUUUUUUACUGGGAUGUCUGGUAUACUUACUAUAUUUGUGCAGCAAAAUUAAAAGGAUACAAAUCUACAGCCAAAGACAAAGCUCUCUAUGAUGCUUACAUCGCCUAUGAUACUCAGGAUGCGACAGUAACUGACUGGGUAAUAAAUGAACUACGAUUUCGUCUAGAGGAAAACGGAGACAAGCACGUUCUGCUUUGUUUGGAGGAAAGAGACUGGGAGCCGGGAAAGGCUGUCAUUGACAACCUUGCACAGAGCAUCCAUCACAGCAGAAAGACCAUCUUUGUUCUAACCAAAAGAUAUGUGAAAAAUGGGAACUUUAAAACUGCUUUUUAUAUCGCUCUGCAGAGGCUAAUGGAUGAGAAUACGGAUGUGAUUGUGUUUACUCUGCUGGAGCUGGUGCUACAGCAUUCCCAGUACCUGAGGCUGAGGAGGAAGAUCUGCAAGAGCUCUGUUCUUGACUGGCCUAAGAAUCCACACGCUGAAGGCCUUUUCUGGCAAAGACUAAAAAGUGCAGUGCUAACUGAUAACAGCAUGCGAGAUGAUGGGGUGUACAGUAUAUAGAAAGAGGUUAGCCCAGGGGUCGGCAGCCUUUCCAAAGGGGUGU